AUGUUUCCAGAGUCCAACUCCUCAUCCAAUGAUAUGCUUUAUGAAAGAGACAGAUUCAGAGCAAGAUUGUACUCCUUCAACCCCAACACAACAGACACGGUUAUGAUAUCAGACUCUGUGGAGACCAUCAACAGUGAAACACAUGGUGACGUUGAAGAUUCUUCUUGUGAAGUUUGUGAUGCUAUUGGUACCAAGACUGCAAGACUAGGCGUAGAGAAUGUUGCUAGCAAUAGCAUUAAUACUACGCCCGAGUACUCUGUUGAUGAAUCUCUUUCGCCGUUGAAUAGAAUCUCAACCUUCUAUGAGAAGAACAUGCCAUCCAUUGGCUCUUUCAAAGACUUGGAUUCGUCAAUUAUCAUCAAACAAGUUGACUUGCCCAGUUUAUCCAUUAUAUUUCAAUGGUACUUUAGCAGAAAGCUUCCUCCAACCAAUGAGAUGUUCCCCUGGCUUCAUGGCUUGAACAAGGCCAAUUUCGCCCAACGUAAAUUCUUCAUUCAACAGCACCAGCAACAACAGCAGCAAGGACAACGACAAAAUAACGUGCCUGAAUACGAUGAGUUUAUGCUUAAUGAUAGAAUAUACGCUGCCAAACCUUGUGGUUCUAGGUUCUUAAUGUGCAUUAAUACUGGUGAAAAAUAUUGCUUGAAAAAUACCGUUCAAUUGAAUGAAAUCCUUCUGCCGGUCGACGUAUGUAGGGCUGAAGUCAAGGAGUUUAUCGCUCAAACAGUGAAGAAAGUGUUUGGCACAUCAACAAAGUCGUCUGUGCCUGUUCCAAUUACUUCUGUCAGUUCACAACACACUCAAUCUCAUUAUCAACAGUUUCAUUCCAAGUAUCCUCGAAUUAAUAACGCUGCAACAACCACCAAUUUCGAAGGCUUAGUUGAUCAAUUCUAUGAAGAUGCUCUUAAGUUGAAACUCUUGCCUAAAUUCAUUAACUUGGAUCCAGAAAGAGGAGUUUCCCUUCGUAACUUCCAUAUCCAAGUAGCUAAACUGGCCACCCUAUCUGAUUUCAUAGUCUAUGGAAAGGAUAAUAGGCUCAAGGAAGCUGCUGCCAGAUUACUCUGGCUAACCCAACGCCUAGAAGCCACAGAAACCAAUAAAGAUCCCAAAUAUAAUGUCUACAUAUUGGCUAGUGGAAUGAUUUCCAAAUCAGAGUACACCAAAUAUCACCAUUUAUUCUCAUAUCAUGGAGAAGACAAGAAGAACCAUGGUAGAGGAGGCGUACAGGUGUCUCUGGCUGCUCAAUAUGGGGUUCUUAACAAUAAAACACAAUUAAUACUGAAGUUGGAGCUGUUUAACUCCUCCAGCUUAUCUUUAUGGGACUGUGACUAUCAAACAAAGGAAAAAAUUGAAACCACAAAGAUGUCUAGUGCAACCAAGGUUCAUCAGAAUGUUUGGGUGGGCAAUAUUUGGGAUUAUCAAAUCAUGAUCACCUAUUUACAUUCUGUUGAAUCAUCCAAUAAUAAUAGCAACAAUAAUUCUCCAAGAUUAAAGAUCAAUUGGCUGAAACACGGUGAAGAACAAACACAUUUGUUUUGUUCACCAACUAAUUCGGUGAUAUCAAUGUCUGACAAUUCCAAUAAUGAAAUCUUGGAUUAUUUAGCACUUCCAAAAGCCAAUUGGAGGUUCUUUAUUUAUUGUCAUAAUGAUGCCACUUUCCCUGAUAAUGGAACUUUAGAUGCAUUGCUUUCAAAGCAUUCAAUUACAAGCCAUACCUCAGUGGACAAUGAAUAUUUCUCCUUGGAAUUCCCUCCUCUGGGUUCAAUUGGAUUGGGAGACUUGAAAAUGGAGAAUUUAAUGGCUUUUGUUAACGUUUGUAAGUUGAUUUACCUUUAUCUGUCACUGACUUCUAAGGAUCCAGAGACAGUUUCUUCGUUGAUUUAUUGUUCUGAUGGUUAUACUGAACUGUCCUUACUUGUGGUGAGUUAUUUGAUAUAUGCCAAAGAUAUAUCUGUCGAGAAAGCCAUACUUCAAUUGCAUUUACAAUAUGGAAGACCUUUUUAUGUCUUUUAUAGCGAUAUUCCUGUGCUAUCACGACUUGAAGGACUUCUUAGGCUUUAUUCCCCUAAAAGAAAGGGUAAUGCCAUUAAUUGGGGCAUACUAGAAACCAUUUCUAAUGAAGAUUUUAACACCCAUUUGCUAGCACCCAGGGCACUUCUUAAUCGAAGUGGAGUUACCACCACCUCAACAGAUAGUGAUGGUGAAGUAGAAGAAGAAGAAGAAGAAGAAGAAGAAGAAGAAGAUGAUGAUGAUAAUAAUUCUAGCGGUGUUUCAGACACAGAAACUUGGGAAGGAGAAUCUUGUUGCUUUCAAAAACAACUGUGGUUGUAUAAUGUUGAGGGGAACUUACCCUCUCGAAUAUUACCGUACCUUUAUUUGGGAUCCUAUAGUCAUGCUAGCUGUAUUCCCUUACUUAAGGCCUUGGGGAUCACCAAGAUCAUUUCUGUUGGAGAGAAAUUAGAAUGGCUCUCUGGCCGUGGAUUCACAAAGUAUAACAACAUUGAAGUCAAGCAGUUUAAUGGUGGUAACGUGGAAGUGUAUAAUCUCAGUCGGAACCAGACACUUGGACGUAAGAAAUCGGUAUAUUUCACACCAGUUGACUCGGUGAUGAAGGUGAAUAAUCUUCAGGACGACGGGAUCGACGAGUUGACUUCCUCGUUGCCAAUCAUCUUGGACUACAUUGAUUCAGUCUAUAAGGAAUCUGGUGGUAAAUGUAAGAUCUUGGUUCAUUGUCGAGUAGGAGUGUCGCGGUCGGCCACUGUGGUGAUAGCUGAGGUCAUGAGACGACUCAACGUCUCCUUAGCACAAGCUUAUCUAUACGUAAGGGUGAGGAGGUUGAACAUUAUCAUACAGCCCAACUUGCGGUUCAUGUAUGAGUUAUUCAAAUGGGAAGAGCAACAGAAGUCUGCUAAUAAUAAGAGACAGAUGAGAGAGAUUGAUUGGUUUGCGAUGUGUCGGGAAAUAACUCGCUUAAACAUCCCGUACUUGCCUUAA